ACAUAACCAACCCAUAUUGCUUUAUCAGAUGUGGAAGAGUACUCCAUCAAACUCAAGGAAGCGAUAACAAAGCAAGCAGAUUUGCUGCCAAAAGGACCAGAUCAAUCAAGACUGAAAAUUGACGAUGUUUUCACAAAUCUGACCAUUUAUCAUGGGAGAAAAGAAUGUCUACAGCAAACAGCAGAAGAAGACCAACGUAAAACGGCAACCGACGAUAUUUUUGCAAGACUGGCCAUUAAUCACCGGACAAAAAAAAGGCUGCAGCAAACAACUCCAGAAGACCAACGCCCACGUAAAAUGGCAACUGAACUUAAGCAAUGCUCUGAUAUUUUUGUUGGUGAAAACGAAGAAGACGAUCCAAAGUCAAUUUUGGUUUCUGGCGAACCAGGUAUUGGAAAAACUUUGUUCUCGCAGAAAAUCGUCAGAGAUUGGUCAACAAAUUGCAUAUCGAUCCCUAACAUUAAAUUUACAUACCUGAUAACGUUCAGGCAACUUGUCAUGCUUGGCAACAAAGAGCUYACCCUCAGAGAACUGCUUAACCGCUCCCCGCUGUUGAACGAAAGAACCAUGAUUGACGAAAAAGUGAUGGCACACAUCGCUCAGCACUCAGACCAGUUAUUUAUCAUUUUCGAUGGAUAUGAUGAAUUCAAAGAACACAGCAAAAUAUUUGAAAGCGGCCAAUUUACCAAUGAUGUCGAAACCAAGAUGCCGGGAGCUGCUCUGAUAAGCAAACUAAUCCAAAAAAAGAUCUUGUGCGAUUCAGUCAUCAUGAUAACCUCGAGACCGGGCGAAGCCGACGAGUUGGACAAGAAACUCCACUUUGACAGAUUUGUGAACAUUGACGGUUUCUCCGAAACACAAAUAAUCCAAUAUGUUGAGAAGUAUUUCAACUCUAAAUCAGAAGAAGUAAAAAAGAUGGCCAUGGAGAAAGUCAAAGGAACCGCACAUUUCAUGUCAUUUGGUCGCGUCCCUYUGAUGUGUUUCCUGAUGUGCGUGGUCAUCGAGUAUGAAAUCCAAAAUAACAUUACUAGAGAUAAUUCAGUUCCUCUAAAACUUACACAGUUUUAUKGUGAAGUUAUUAGAUGUCUAGAGAGGAAYAAUAGAGAAAUCCGUAGUUUAGAUGAAGAAGCCUCCUUGUUAGCUGUUGAGAAAACUUUGAAUAAUUUUUCUAAACUAGCCGCACAGUUGUAUCAACAAAAUCGUUUUACUUUCACUCAAAAAGACUUAGAAAAGCUAAAAUUACCWGAAAAUSAAAUAUCUUACCUUAAAUCAAGUAAUUUAAUAUUUUGUUAUCCUGUUGCCAGUGAUUCUCCAUUCCCACAAACAACUCUUGAAUAUGGUUUCGCACAUUUAACCAUUCAAGAGUUUUUUGUUGCUUGUCAUUUGGUGAAGAAGCGCGCAAUGGCGGCACAAGAAACCUCUGACAUGGUGCACAUAUUCACGAGUGGUUUGUUGGGUUUAGAUCAGGAGAACAACAACGAUAAAUGUAUGUCGAAAGUACUAAAGUCUGUAUGGAAACGAUGGGGGGAUGUAUGGAGACAASGCGUUGUGUUAUUGCGCUGUCUCCAUGAGUACGGCCUAGAGAAAGAAUUCACACGACAAGAACUGACUACAAAUCGUGACUGCAGAUACUGGGGUAAUAUUGGGAGGAUUAGAUUAGAUGGUGUAACCGACACGGACUGUGAUGCACUCGCUAUGUUAUUAGAAUCCACUGCUACAUCAAUAUCAUCACCACCACACAGAUUACACACUGUUUUGUCAUGGUUUACUCGUGUCAAGUCAUCACCACCACAAGCAUUGCACAUUUAUAACUCACAGAUAACCAUUACCAUGUUAAAUAGAUUGUUGUCAUCUCUUCAUUCAAACUCCACAAUCACUGGACUGUGGCUGGAGGGGUGUAGUUUGAAUAAUGAUCACGUAAAGUGUUUGUGUAAUCAUUUAAACCACACUCACAUCACCUCGCUAUACCUGCGUGACAAUAACAUAUCAGAUGUAGGGGUGGAUCACAUUGUACAUAGUAACAUAGCUAGUAAGCUAACCUAUCUAAACCUGCUUGAUAAUCCAGUAUCUGUAGAAGUUAGUAAGAGUAGUACACAAUUCUGUCAGGAUAAUUAUCCUGUACUUAGUUUCUACAUAUAGAUAAAUUAAAUAUUAGACCCAGAGAUGUAGGUUUGCACAAUUCAACACAACAAAAGUCACAUCAAACUGUUUAUUAAAAAAAUGCUCAGUUUUCUACAAUAACUUACUUCAAGUAAUUUCAUUUUCUUUGUACUUUAAUGCUUAAAUAUCUAUUUUAUCAAAUUGUAAGGUUUUGGAGACAGUUUGGAUAUUUUGUUGAUCAAAACCAUAGAUCCUUCAGCUAGUUUUGUUCAAAUGCUUUUGAUUUGAAAGAAUUGUUCAGAACUUUUUCCACUUUAGCUAGGUUUGAACAAAAUGAUCAACUGCAGACCUUAACAUAAUUGUACAGUUCUUGUAAAAGUGUAAAAAAGUAUAGCUAUUUGUAGUUUGGUAUUUUGAGGCUUCAAUAAAAUUUUAUGAAUUUUGAUCACUUAAA